AUGCUACUUUUCAAAACAAUAUUCACGGCGGUACUGAUUGCCCUCGUGCAAGUUGCCUAUCCAUAUUCAUCUUACCCGCGGUGGCAUCCUCCAAUGGCUUGGCCACCCGUAGGAAAAGAUUUCCAUAUUCGAGUAGUAACCGUCGGAUACCCGCCACCAAAUCAAGUGUGGCGUGAAGUCUACCCAGACCGUCGAUUUUCGUCACCGUGGAAAUAG